AUGGGAGAUGCUACCGACUUUGAGAGAUUUUACAGUGAUUUAAAAGAAACUGAGAGAAAGGAUUCGGUGUUAACCUCAAAGCAACAAAUUGAUCGUUUAUUACGUCCAGGUUCUACGUAUCUCAAUUUGAACCCUUUUGAAGUAAUACUUAAAAUGUAUAUGUCACUUUUCGAUUUACCCAUUUUGAUUUACUUAGUGCAAUCAAUAUCUUUAGUCACUGAUUAUAUUUUAGCAAUUUCUUUCCAGAUGAGUGAAAAGCGACGAAAGCUCAAGAAAAGUGGUCAAGGAGAUAAAAUACCGGAAGAUGAACCUGCUGCAUAUAACAAAGCUCUUUGGGUGGUAGUCACAAAGGUGUUCGCUGAUCGUGAAAAGAAGCGAAAAAUGCUGGAAGACAGAGCAAAUGAAGAAAAACGACGGAUAGCAGAAGAAAUGCUUGCAGCAGCAGAAAAAAGAAAAAGGGAGGAAGAGUUUGCUAAAAAUUAUGAGGAGUCACGCGAUGAACGUCGAGGUACCUGGAGACAGUUUAUGGCGAAAAAAGCAAGGAAAGAGGGUGAAGGAAAAUCUUUGAAAGGAACAGCCUUCAAACCACCAAAGAUAAAGUUGGAAACAAGUGGGAAAUAA